AUACCUCCUCCUCUCUGUGUCAUGUGUCCUGUGGCCGCGUUUGCAUGUGUGGAUCUCAUUGCUGAGAAAUAUGGAGCGUUUGGCUGCUGUGUGGAAUUUGGGGAUUCUUCUAUGUCUGAGUUUUGGAGGGGCCUUGUGUCAGACCACCAACUAUACCAGGCCUGUGUUUAACUGUGGCGGUAAUCUGGCUGGAGACUCAGGCUUUGUGGGCAGUGAAGGAUUCCCAUCAUUCUACAAACCCAACAGCAAAUGUACCUGGUACAUCACAGUUCCAGAAGGCAAUGUGGUCAUGCUCUCCUUCAGGGUUUUUGACCUGGAGGCUGACCCUCUCUGCCGCUACGACUAUGUGGAUGUGUAUAACGGACACUCAAACAUGGUGCAGAAGCUCGGGCGUUUCUGCGGAACGUUCCGGCCCGGGGCUCUCAUCUCCACGUCCAACACCAUGAUGGUAGAGAUGGUAUCAGAUUCAGGAACAGGAGGGAGAGGGUUCCUGGGUUACUUCAAUGGAGGAAAGCCACAUGUGGAUGAGCAUCAGUUUUGUGGCGGGAAGCUCACAAAGUCUCAGGGCACAAUCAAAACUCCCAACUGGCCGGAGAAAAAUUAUCCACCGGGCAUCAGCUGUUCCUGGCUUAUAACAGUGGAGCCGGAAAUGGUGAUUGAGGUGAAGUUCGGUAAGUUUGAUUUGGAGUCUGACACGUACUGCCGCUUCGACUAUGUGGCGUUCUUUAAUGGAGGAGAGAAAGACGAUUCGAGGCGCAUCGGAAAAUUCUGCGGAGACACUUCGCCUCAGAACAUUGUUACCAAUAGCAAUGUGUUAUUGGUGCAGUUCGUAUCUGACCUUAGCGUCACUUCAGACGGAUUCAUGGCGUCAUUCAACAGCAUCCCACGUAGCCUCCGCACUCCGACUGCAGGUGGCGAUGUUGCGACAGGACCUAGAGUGUCUUCCACACCCACAAAACCCCGUCUCACUCCAGUCAAACAGGAGAAACCAGUUGUGUUGACAACAGAAGCAACAACUACAACUACUACUACAAAAGCUCCUGACCAGCUAAAGCCUCGACCCAAACCUGUUAGACCCAUUGAACCUGUGACGCCUCCAGUCCGUAAACCAGAGCCAGAUAGAUCCAGACCCUCCACAAACACAAACCCACUGUGCCCAAAGACAUGUAAAAGAGAUGGAACCAUCAAGAUCAGCUUCUGUGCUAGUGAAUUUGUGAUCACCGGUACGCUGACAACAUUGACUUCUGGACCUAGAGGAAGUAUGCAAGCCACAGUGUCCUUAAUUAAGGCCUAUAAGACUGGUAGUCUUACAAUCACCCAAGCUGGAGAAACUAUGUCUGUUAAACUUGUGAUGCCCUGUAAGAAAUGCCCCUUGCUGCGCAGAGGUCAAAACUACAUCCUGAUGGGUCAGGUGGACGAGGAAGGCCGUGGUGUUCUCAAUCCCGGUAGUUUCACUGCCCUGUACAAAACUCCACACCACAAGAUGUUGGCCAGCAUCAACAACCAGCCAUGCUGAUCGCUCAGACCCAUGUUAGCACAAGCAGCCUUCGAAGCAAAGACACUAGAUGUAAUGCAAUGCAUAAGGACAGUGAUUAGACAAUGGCCAUAUAUUAAGAGGCAUUUUUUUUGUAAUUUUAACAUAAUGCUCAGGAAGUUACACACAAAAAUUUCUGGACUGUUUUCAUUAAACUAUGGCGCAAUUCAAACUUCA